GAGACGGAGAGAGGGAGAGAGAAAGAGAGAGACAUAAGUUUUCUCAACUUGAUAGGGCAGGUCUCUGUCUGGACAUUUCCUUCAGCUCCCCCACUCCAUUGCUCUGCAAACGCUUACCCUGUCGGCGUUGAUCUUUAUCAGAGAGCGAUCUGGUUGAACAGGUGCACCUGCACAUGUACAUAGAGACAAAGGCACACUUAGACACAGGGUUAAUGGCUGAUCGACCGGGAGAGGUGUAUCUGGUCACAGGCGGCUGUGGGUUUCUCGGCCGGCACCUGGUGAAGAUGCUGGUGGAGCGCGGACAGGGAAUCUCGGAGAUUCGGGUCUUCGACGUGAAGGUGGACAGAGAGCUGGAGUCCCUGAGCACGGACUCGGUCACUGUGAAGAUGGUACAGGGUGAUAUCACUGACCAACACCAGCUCCUUCGAGCCACCGAUGGUGCUGAUGUCAUUCUGCACACAGCCAGCAUUGUCGAUGUGAGCAACUGCGUUCCUGAGGCCAUCAUCCAGAAGGUCAACGUACAAGGAACAAGACACGUCAUUGAGGCUUGUGUUUCCAAUGGGGUGCAGCGUUGUGUCUACACAAGCACGAUGGAGGUUGCUUCCAAUGAAAAACAAUGGAACCACAUGGAAAGGUGCAAUGAAGAUACCCCAGACACCAGCUUCCACAUCCUUCCCUACACCAAAUCCAAGGCAGCUGCAGAGAAACUCAUCCUCGAAGCCAAUGGGAGGCAGGUUUCCGGUGGGAAGAGGCUGGCGACCUGUGUUCUGAGGCCCGUGGGGAUCUAUGGUGAGGGCUGUGUGCUGCUGAGGGGGACGUUUGAGAAUGCUGUCCGUCUCGGGGGCUGUCUGUUCCGUCUCGGCCCCCACACCGUGCAAAUCGGCCGUGUCUAUGUGGGUAAUGUAGCCUGGAUGCAUGUGUUGGCCGCUAAUGGACUGGCGGAGACUCCAGGACUCCUAGGCGGCCAGUUCUACUACUGCAGCGAUGAGUCACCGGACAAGAGCUUCAUGUCUUUCAGCAUGGAGAUGCUGAGGCCCUGUGGGGUGCGGCUGAUUGGCCAGGAGCGGCCGGUGCUGCCCUAUUUCGUCAUCUACAUGCUGGUUCUCCUGGUUGAGCUGCUCCAGCUCGUCCUCCGGCCCUUCUGCAGCUUUUGCCCCCUCCUCAACCGCUACACGCUGGCCAGAGCAUCGGCCACCUUCACGGUGCAGACUGACAAGGCAGAACGGCAUUUCGGCUACCGCCCACUCUACACCUGGGAGCAGAGCAAGGAGCGGACCAUCCACUGGCUGCAGUCGCUCCCUCAGCAGGUGUACAGCCAUCAUCGCAAUUGAGGUGGUGCGGGUAUAUCUGUACAAAUUGCUCCUUGCUUAAUAUGCG